GCUGGGCCAGAGGGGCCUCUGGCUUGCAUGAAACACCAGGCAAGGCCAGUGCCUCCCUGCCCGCCCCACUUUCUGGCUUCCCCAAGCUCUUGGCCAUGGCUGUCAAAAGCUCCUCCCUGGCGUGGUCCUUCCUGGCCGUGGUCUUCAUGAUUGCAGGGGCCGCUGCUGUCCAGAGCGCCUGUGGACAUCACUACCGCUACCGCAAGCCACGAGCCGACACCUACGAGUGGCAGGGCUACUUUGUGGCCCUGACCAUCCUCCUGGGCAGCGGCUGCGGCCUGGCCUGGUGCAUCCUCAUUGUCACCUACAACAUGGGCCAAAGGGGAGGCCAGGAGUUGCCACAGAUCCCCUCUGCAGGUGAACAGAUGCCCGCAGCCAUGGGCCACCAAGACAAACUGACACUGAGCCCAGGGAUGAACCGUGAAAGGUCCGUCAGCUUUGCGACCCUGCCUGGGCUAAAGAGCCAAGUCACAAACGAGGAGGACCAGCCUUGGCUGAAGCGACAAGUCUCAAAGGAGGAGUUUCGGACGAAGUCCCAGUUGGACACAAGCAUAGGAAGUCGGACGCCAUCCCAACUGAACUUAAACCAGGGGGUUCGGGCCCCAUCCCAGAUGAACGCAAGCGAGGCAGUUAGCACCCUGUCACAGAUGAACACAAAUGAGGGGGUACGGACCCUGUUCCAGAUGAACGAGGCAGAUAGGGUUCUAGCCCAGAUGAACAUGACUGAGGGGAUGAGGGCCCAAUCCCAGGUGGAUGAAAUGAUUGGGAACCCCUCCCAGAGGAACGUGAACGAGGCAAUUUGGACCCCCUCCCAGAGGAACAUGAAUGAGGUGAACAGGGCCCCCUCCCAGAUGAACACGAAUGAGGCAAUUUGGACCCCAUCCCAGAUGAACACGAACAAGGUGAUUUGGAGUUCCUCCCAGAUGAAAGCAAAUGAAGCAGUUUGGACCCCCUCCCAGAGGAACGUGAACGAGUUGAAAAGGGCCCCAUCCCAGAUGAACAUGAAGGAAGCAAUUUGGACCCCCUCUCAGAACGAGGUGACUAGGACCCCAACCCAGAAUAACAUAAACAAGCUAAAAAGAGCCCCAACGCAGCUGAACAUAAAUGAAACGGUUGGGACCCCAUCCCUUCCACCUCAGCAGGAAGGCCAGUCCUCCAGGCCUGAAGAGCAAGGCGGUGGCACUCUGUGGAACUUCAUGGAGCAGGAGCUGGAAAGGCUUCUGAGCGCCCUACGCCUCCACCGGACCCCCACGCCAACCCCCGCGGCUGAGGAGACGCCGGCCCCCUUGGCCAACGAUACUCCAAGCGCCCCAGCUGAGGAGGUGCCGAAACCCCCGGCUGAGGAGGUGCUGGGCCUCGACCAGACUGAGGACAAGGAGACCUUGAUGCACCUCAUCAUCUGUGAAGUCCCCCAAGACAGAGGAGCCACCAGGGGUCGGGGGCGCAAGAGGAAAGCGAGCAGAGGACGCAAAUAAAGUGCAGAGAAAGAGA